CAUCCAUUCGCGUUUUGUUCUUCACCAAUUCUUACACCUUUCUUUUCUUCACCGCCAUUGUCCAUCCUUGUGUUUUGUGACGACAAUUUAUAACCAUUUUUUGAUAAUUGAAAUUAGAGUUUCAAUUCUCAUAUUUAUUUCCACAAACUCAGUUCUUUAGAUUUGUUGUGUUGUGAUAUUAAUCUUCUUCUACAAACUCAAGGUGUGUAGGAAACUGGGCAUUAGGUAAAGUCUUCUGAUAAUAUUGUAAGGACUUGAUUUAAUUUGUAUGGUAUUAGAAAGACAAAUGGCCUUGCUGAGAAGAUAUGUUGCUGCUAGUGCUGUUGCAUCGUUUGUCUUCUUGCUGUUCUUGUUGGCUUGCAACCUUAACUUGGCUUCGGCUUCCUCCGGUGGUGUGAUGGGAGGGAGUUUCUUCGAUUCUGAUUCAGAUUCAGAUUCUUCGUCCUCGGAAUUUUACACUAGGGAUUCAGAAUCAUACAGAAUGAUGCAUCAUCGUGAUAAUGUCGCGUCUUCUCAUGACACUGAGCUUGCAAAGGGAGGUCACGCUGGAGUGCCCUUCUUGUUUCUAUUCUUCAUGUUGGCUAUGUUUUUGUUUGGAUUCUACAAAAACAAAAAUGGAAAUUCAGUUACUGUGCUCAAGCUUCAGGUUGCAAUUUCGGGUGGGAAGGGAAGCUCAAUACAAAGGGAUCUAACUAGGAUUGCAGAAACUGCAGAUACAUCAUCUCGGGAUGGAUUGAAAUAUCUAUUGACAGACACAAUACAUAGUUUGGUUGGACAUCUUGGUCACUGUGUAGCAGGAUAUUCAUUUGUGGAUCUAAAGCAGAGUAAAGAUGAUGGGGAGAAAUGUUACUAUCAGUUAUCAAAUGAAGAAAGGACAAAAUUUGAUGAAGAAACAUUGGUUAAUUUGAACAAAACAGAAAAGAGAAACACAAGAAUCCAGAAUGAUGAGAUUAACAAUGAAAGCUCAGUGUUUGAUGGAAAAGAUAUUAAAGAGGAAAGAAAAAUAUUUGAAGAAGAGAAACUUCUCAACGGGUUUGGCAACGAGUACAUAGUGAUAACCAUCUUGGUAGCUGCUAAAGGAGCACAUAAGCUUCCUAACGUCUAUGGAGCUGAAGAUAUGAAGAAUGCCCUGCAAAAGCUUAGAACUGUUCUCUCAAGCAAUUUAUUGGCUGGGAAGGUGUUAUGGACCCCACAGAAUGAGGAUGAGACUCUUUCAAAACGACAACUACUCGAGGACUAUCCUCAAUUAGCAGAUUGCAUGAAAACCUUUCUUGUUAAGAAACACGAAUGAUACAAAUGCAUAAUCACGUUUUCUGUGCUAAACUAUUCCCCUAACUUAACUUCUUUUCAGGUUUUAAAAUUAAAAAUCUAUAUAAAAUCAGUCCAAUGUGUUCUUAGGUUUUAAAUGUGAGUUUUUAUACAUUUAAUUGUAUACUUGAACCUAAAUUGCAUUGACAGUGUAAAAUAUGUGUACAUUUGUUAUCCAGUUAUAAAGAAAGUUCUUGUC